AUGGGAAUCAAGAUGGUGCGUACAAGAGGAUCAGACGGUAGAAUUAAGCAUAACAGAGCACGUGGAGAGUCUCGUCGACAUCAGGAGGAGCUGGAACACGAUGAGCUGCCGCCAGUGCAUGAGGAGCAGGUUGAGCAGCAGGCUGUGCAGCAAGGUUGGCCUGGAGGGCCGAUCGAUACGAGUCUUUUGACUCGAUACGAGCAUCAUGUUGCUCGUCAUGUAUGGUUUGGUCAGGAAUGUGUCGAAGGUGACAAAAUUGAACUACGAAUAGCAUCUUUAGGAAAAAAGUUAGCUGACAGGAUUCCUGAUCACCAUCCUGAAGUUAUUCAAGGGUGGUUGAAUAUUUCGGGGUUGUGCUGGCUUGAGCGGACUAGCUUGAAACUUACCGAUCCGCAGCUUAUAUCCGCAUUUGUUGAGAGGUGGCACCCUGAGACAUCGUCAUUUCACAUGCCGUUCGGCGAGAUGACUAUUACUUUGGAUGAUGUGGCAUGUCUUCUGCAUCUACCUGUUAGGGGUCAGUUUUAUACUCCUGUAUCAGUUUCUCAGGAACAAGUUGCGGAACUUGCAGUUGAGUUGUUACGAGAGGAGUAUGAAUUUGCAUUGCGAGAGACUGUAGCGCAGAGGGGUGGUUAUUUUUCACAGCAGUGGCUAUAUGAGAGUUAUAUGAGGAAUGCCAAUUUCUACGGGAAACAUGACUGCGCAGCUAGGGCAUGGAUGUUGAUGUUGGUGGGAUGUACCAUUCUGGCCGAUAAGAGUUAUACACGUGUGGAUGCCAAAUGGCUACUUCUGUUUAGUGAUUUGUCUGCAGUCCAUACAUUUUCGUGGGCCAGUAUUGCAUUGGUUUGUUUAUACGAUAACUUGAACGAUACACAUCAUAACCUUUUGGUGCUUUGCCUUUAUAUUUGUUCUUCACUCCUCCUCUGGUUUUUAUUUUUUCAGGUGGUGGACACAAUGAACUUGAGGCUGGAUAAGCAAGUUCAAACACUUUACUCUUCAACGCUCUUUUACCAACAAUAUCAAGUGACCGAAAUCGAGUCCAUAUUGCCUCCAUUGCAUUACUCAUGUCCAACUCAUAUCCAUCCUAUGUGUCAUCCUCCAAUGGUUCUUCCAUAGUUAAUUUCUUCCAGUGACCGUGAACUGAAUCUAACGGUAUCGGUACAUCG